AUGACGUACCGAGAGUUGAGUUCGGGAAGUGAUGUUAUGGGGUCAGCAGAUCAGUUCUGUUCUCCCAUAUCCCCAUUCGUAGAAGACAAGGACAAAAACCCCGCCAAUACUGCAGAGACCGUCAUUAGUCGCCUCUUACGAUCAUGCAUAUGUCAGCAGAGAACGUACGGGGUAAACUGUAAAGAAUUGUGUAUUUGUCAGUGGAACAACACAAUAUCAUGUGACGGAGUGUCCGGCGCGUGUUGGUGCAAACGAGGCUGGAUUGGUGUAGCAUGUCAAACAGAAUGUCCUCCAGGGUUUUUUGGAUUCGAUUGUGGAAAUGAGUGUAAUUGUUCCACUAACCAGACGUGUGAUUCAGAGACUGGAGACUGUGCUUGCACCACCGGAUAUACUGGAGUGUACUGUACUGAACGUAUAGUACCAUUAGCAAAAACACAGGAUGACCUUCCAGAUUACCUGUUGAUCGUCAUACAGGUGAUACUUGCUGUGAUUGUACUUGUCGUUAUACUGGCUUUCAUUAUACACUUUGUCCGGAAAAAGAAUCUCCGCAAGUCUCAUAACUGUACUGAAGGCAGUGUGACAGGUAAUACAAAUACCAUCCUGGCUGAUUACUAUAGUAACCUUUCCGUGAAAGAACUUCAGAAGAAAAGGAAACAGCCUGGACACCAUAGUCCGAGACGAUCAAAGGCUCCUAAUGGGAGUCUCUAUACGGAGGUGGACAGGCCAAACGAACCAAAACAACGGUUAGCUCCAUACCAGGACUCGAGUGUCAUCUUCAUAAAGCGAACCAGUAUCAAGGAUAAUGGUACUGGUAGCAUUAUAGAGAAUGCCGAUAAGGAUCAUUGUCUGGGGAGUGAUGACUCAUCACAAGUUACGGCAUAUGUAAACGAGGCUUUGAAUAAGGAGGACGCUUAUGAUGAACUCGGAAAGGACAGACACGUGACAGACGCAAUUCCCGGAAAAGACCAAUAUGAUCACAUGAAGUUGAAUCAGAACAAAGCAGGAAAUGGUGAUGACGUAUAUGAUAAACUAGAACAGAGGUCACGUGACAAAAAUGUCAAUGAUAUUGACGAUACAUAUGAUCACACACAACAUGUCAGUGAUAAGUGAUUAACAUUGAACAAAAGGCAUGCUUUAAAAGCCAACAUAUUGUAUGUUAAAACAUGUACCUCGUUUUACUUUUCUACAGUUCCUGUUCGUUUUAAUGAUUUAUCUAUGUUUGCUGUAUCUACAAAUAGUGCAAGUUUUAAAAUAUUUGCUACCUCUUUCCUAUGUUAACAUAUGUUUUUGUUUCGAAAUCUAAACUGAUAACCUAAUAUGUGUUCUGUGUUGGUAUCGUAUAUUUUGUGAAC